GGAGAGCAGAACAGACCCAGAGAGAGAGAGAUACACACACACACUCAUCAUGGCCAUGUUGACGAGGGCGCAGCUGUAUGAAAGCGCUAGCAGCCGCGCGCGUCUCACCUCGACGUGGUCACCGAGCGCCACACGCGCCGCAGCCGGAAGCCAGAUGAGUGACGCCGCGGCGCGCGAGCCGCCGACAAAAUGAGCGCUCCUGCUCCUCCGCGCGCGCUGAACGCCGAGCCCGGCGCCGCUUUCACCGCUUUAGGUGUUGGUUUUUUUUUUUUCGUUCUCUCUCUCUCACACACACAUAUAUUUAUGCUAUGUAUUUUUUUUGUAGUAAAUUCGAGCAGUCGUAGGCUAUGCGGCGUCCCAGGUAAACAAAGAAAUACCGGUGGGAGGCCAUGAGAUGCCGAGCACGGAACGUGACGCGUUUGGACGCUGAGAAUAGGUGAAAUAAGAUUGUUUAUAGAAUAAAUAACGCGUGUCUUUUUUUAAUGGAGUGAGUUAACCGCAAAUAAUAGGACAGACUGGACAACUAGCGUCCCAUUCUUAAUUGUGACUAAUUAGUGUUUCUAUUAACACGCACGCGAGAUGCCGGUUUACACGCAUAAGAACCCCAUUCCGUUUUUUUUUUUUUUUGUAGAUUUUAGACAGGUAGAUUAGACCAGCUAUAGGGGGAAUAACUCCAUCAUUUACAACAUGUGGGAUCUGUAGGGAUCCUUAUAAUCACUGACAGUCAGCAUAUAAACAUAUAUGACAUAUAACGUUGGUUGUUUAUCGUUUAUUUAUUUAUUUAUUUAUUGAUUAUAUCUUUUAUAAGUAGGCGUAUUAACCUAUUAUUAAUACUUGGAAGCUAGAUAGUAGAAUAAAUAUUAAUCAGACAGGAAGAGUUGGUGUCCUGCGUGGACAUGGAGGUCAAGACGCUCCAGGACUCGGAGGGGAAACAAGAGGCCGGUGAGCCAGUCACCGUGUCACCUCAGUCAGGAGGAGAGAGCCAGCGCAGCUCAGGGGUGAAGAAACAUCACCACAAACACAACUUGAAACACCGAUACGAGUUGCUGGAGACGCUGGGCAGAGGCACGUACGGCAAAGUGAAGAAAGCCAUCGAGAGGCAUUCAGGGAGAGUGGUUGCUAUUAAGUCCAUUAAGAAGGAAAAAAUCAAGGAUGAGCAGGACAUGGUGCACAUCCGUCGGGAGAUUGAGAUCAUGUCAUCCCUACGCCACCCUCACAUCAUUUCUAUAUAUGAAGUAUUUGAGAAUAAGGACAAGAUUGUGAUCGUGAUGGAGUACGCCAGUAAGGGGGAGUUAUACGACUAUAUCAGCGAGCGUCGGCGACUCACAGAAAGAGAGACACGCCACUUCUUCAGGCAGAUCGUCUCUGCGGUGCACUACUGCCAUAAGAAUGGUGUUGUGCAUAGGGAUCUUAAACUGGAAAAUGUGCUACUUGAUGAGAACUGUAAUAUAAAGAUUGCGGAUUUUGGUUUGUCCAACCUGUACCAUAAAGACAAGCUCUUACAGACGUUUUGUGGUAGCCCACUGUAUGCAUCACCAGAGAUUGUCAAUGGAAGGCCUUAUCGGGGCCCUGAGGUGGAUAGCUGGGCAUUGGGAGUGCUGCUUUAUACUCUGGUCUAUGGUACGAUGCCAUUUGAUGGGGGAGACCACAAGAACCUCAUUCGGCAAAUCAGCAAUGGUGAAUACAAAGAACCGACCCAGUCAUCAGAUGCUCGUGGUCUGAUCCGCUGGAUGCUGAUGGUGAAUCCAGAGCGGCGUGCUACAGUGGAGGACAUUGCCAAUCACUGGUGGGUGAACUGGGGUUGGAAAAACAGUGUGUGUGACUGCGAGAGGCAACGUGAUACGGGGUCUCCCAUGCUGGCCCGCCUUAUCGACUGGCAGAGCCGUACUGAGCCGCGAGUACCCAAAGGAGCCCGACCUGAACCACUUCCCCUAAUCCGUCAACGGCCUAAGAAGAGCAAGAAGGAGAAUGACGGAGGAAUGCCUCACUGUGAUGAAGACGACAACUUGGGACUGAAGCGACCUAAGGGAAUACUUAAAACUCGGCCUUCUGAAGAGCAGCGCUCACCCAGUUCGGAAGAUAUCGAGCUUAUGCCUGCCACUGAUGGUGUAGAGAAAGAGGAUGAGUCUCCAGCUGGCCAAGAAGAAGAUGAACCUACAUUCACAGGAGCACUUCUGGCUAAGAUGGUGCCUGUACUCCCAAAAAAAGGCAUCCUGAAAAACAAGCAGCAACGGGAAUCAGGGUACUACUCUUCACCAGAGCGCAGCGAGUCCUCUGACCUGCUAAGCGGCAACAGUAUUACACCCCUAGGUGCCAGCUCACCACCCAAACGAGCAGUGGGGAGGAAGGGCAUUCUGAAGCGCAAUGGAAAGUACUCCACCUACAGUGCCACGCCUUCUGUGGCUGCCCUCGGAGAGGCUUCAUCUGGUGAUUCAGGUUUAUGGCGUAGCCAGAGUAGGCCAUCCAGCAUUGUUGGAGAAGACAGCAGCAUCCUGACCAACAGCUCCUUCAGUGGGGCAGAUUGGCCCCAAAUCGGCCCACGGCCCAACAUCCGAGGCUGUGCAUCAGCUGAGAAUAUACUCCAGCUGGCCAACUUUAAAGGGUUGCAGGCAGCUCCAGCUCUGCAUGGAGGGAAGUUUGGCCGAGGGGCACAUGGCUCACCUGGGGACAACAGCAGUUUCUCCCUACUGGGAGACCUGGAUGAUGUAACACAGGUAUACCAGCAAGCCCUGGACAUCAGCAGCAACCUGGUGUAGAAAGAGAGAUGGGAAGAGGGUAAUCUAGAGGGAAUGCUGAGGGAAUGUUGUGAAGGUGUUUGUUUUGUGUAUUUCUGACGACCAGUUGCAGUGCUGGGAUAAUCAGAUUGAGAGGCUUUUGAGGAUCGAAUUGAGGGAGUUAUACACUGCCAAACACAUAGCAUGUAAGACUUGAGAAUUGUGAAGUAAAGAAAUUGAUUGUUAGUUCUCUAGUGCCCUUGACCCUCAUGAGUUCAAAUGUUUACAUGUUAAGCAAAAAGUGAGUUAAAAUCACACAUAGACACCCUACAGGGGGAGGCUCUGAAUUUAAAGAGUCUAGCUAUGUUUACAAAAGCACCUUAACUCACACAGAGCACAUGUUGUGAUCUUUACUUCCUAUGAAAACAAAAAAGAAAACCAGGGUCUUGCUCAAAAUGAACUGUCAGUGUCAUUUAUUUAUUAAUGUUUUUGCGUAGAUUUAACGAUACAGAACUGGUAUGGUUUGACUGUACAGGAAGAACUUUGUCUCUCCUUAAACUCAAAUGGAACUGACAUAUAUAAUGGCCAUGCUAUUUACUAGUUAUUAGAAAGAAAAAUAAUAUCUGCCGCCAUAAGGCAAGAGGCCACAUAUUACAGACUCUAACAGGUCUUAUAUCCAGUCACAUAUAUAUGAAAAUAUGUGAGAAGUGCCUUUUUAAUUCAUAUCAAAUUAUGUAUGUCAUUUCCUUAAGGUGGAGAGAGAGCUGCCAGGUGGAGCCAUCACCAGAUGUGCAAACUUGUAAAAAUGUUGAAUGUUGAGAGACCCAGGGCCUUAAAGUGCAAUGCCUUUUCAUAUGAACCGACUAUCAUGAUACCUUAAAAUUUGCUUCGGUCAUUUUUUAAAAAACAUUUUCUUUAUUGAUAAUAGAGGCAGGCAGCUAUUCAAGCUCCUUAUCCCCUGUUACCUCUCUUUAGCUGCCACACAGUGAUCUUGUUUCUGUUCAGUCAUCUGCAUAAAGCCAUGUUUUGUCAUCAAAGAAAUGCUUUAAGAAAGCUCUUGUGCCAAAAUGAAUCCAAAAAGAGUGAAACUAGUGUGUUGAUUUCCUCUCUGGACUUGUGUAUACAAAUUCUCAUUUCCCAAAAAUGUAACAUGAUGAAAUGGGGCGGUUUGGAUAUUUCUAUUGUUUUCCUGGAAAACUGAAAUCACUGUUUAUUUUUAGUGUAGUUUACUGUAUGCUUCAUUUAAAGAUUGAAUAAUACAGAGCCACUGUUCACCAAUAUCUUAACGAUCCAGCUUAUGGGUUUAAUUUCAAAAACCGCCUUGCCAUGGCAUGUUUGCAUUCAAACUGGUUCUAGUUCUAAGGGCAAAAACAUUUAACAGGUUAUUAAAUAAAAAGGGUGUUGGUCAGUGAUCAGUGUAAGUGUGCAAGUUAAUUUAUCCUUAAUAAAGGUCUUUAUAGUUUGCAGUAGACAGUAGGUAAGUGCGAAUGUUGAAUGAGAGAGACAUAGAGUAAUGUGUUCAUAGUGGUAGGUAAAUGAAAAGCGUUUAGCAUUUGCCAGUAAAUGGAAAUAGAAGUGGGAAGGAUGAUUGCAAGUGUUGAAGUAGCAUGAUAAGAUAAGUAGAAAUAAAGAAAGUGAAUGGAUGAGGAUUGCGUUUUGACUCAUAUUGUGAUGAGUUCUAAAUGAAAGGAAACAAAUCUUUUAAACAUGUCUGUUAUUGAGCAAGGAUGUUAGUGUUCAGUGGAGCAUUUCUUGUUUGUUCAGUUUCAGUAAACCUCCAAAACAGGACAGCUGAAAAUGAUAAAUAUCCAAAUAAUUGGAGGAAGUGCACAUAUUAAAUGUAGUUUCCCCAGACAGCAAACUGACCAACAUCUGUAGGACAUAUGAGGGCAUUUUGUGCAAAAGAGGUCCUGGGUACUGAGAGACAUGAGACACCCUUUGUGUAUCGUAUUGUAUUGCAUUUUUAUAUUGCAUUCUAUUGUCAACUGGAUUCACAGUGAAGGAAUUAUACUAUGUUAGUAUUUUGUUUAAUUAUAUUUCAGUUUUUGAUUCUCCAAAAUAUUGAAUCUUUAUUAUUUUAUUUUAACGGCAGAAACUUGGAUGCGGCUAGGUUUGACUGAUUCAACUAGGGCUAAGCCCCUCUCCUCUGUGUUCAAAGUACAUUAUUUACAUUAAUCCAUACAUUUAAUAUAUAAAAUCACUUGUCUGAUUUGUUCUUUUCACUGCAGAAGUUUUUAGACAGGACUCGCACUCUAAAGGGUGACUGUGCCAUCAUAGUAUGUCCGUACACAAUUCACUUCUGCUGCAAAGUCAUACCAAAAUGAAAACUAAAAAAGGAAGGAAUUAUCUCAAGCUAUGCAUUGGUCAAUGAGCCGCAAACAUGCUUUCUGCCAAACUGGAAUUAACUGGUGCAUAUCUGUUAGUUAGCAGAAAGUCUACUUAUAGGAAAACUUGACUGGAUAUUGUUAUUGACAACAAGAAGAUGGUAUUAUUAUGUUAUUUAAGUAUUAUUUUUAUGUUUCAUUACUGUUGUUGGCUAAAGCCACAAUAAUCAUUUUUAUUUUUUCAUUUUAUUGAUUUAAAAACCUGGACUGCCAAGGUGGUUUUUGUUUCAGUGCCUUUGCUAUCUUUUUUUAAUUAUUAUUAUUUUUUAAAUGAGUAAUUAUAGCAAUUGUGUUUUUAUACGCUAUUUAUUUUGGUUAGUGAAUCCAUUUUGGUUGAUGUAACACCACUCCAUGCCUUGUCUAAGCAUGUGUGGGUAUGAAAAGAUACAAUGACCUUGAAGAAUGUGGAGGCAAAAGAGAACGAAAGGGAGUGAAAGGGUGUUAAAUGCAUUAUUUCAUCCUGGGGUUAUUUCGUGUUUGUAUGAGGAGCUGAUAAAGCCUUUAGCUAUCUGUGAAAGCUGAAGGAGUUAAGUGGUCAUCAUCUGUAUGGCAAAACCAAGCCACUGUUAGAUCAACUACAUUAAUAAAUGGAACAUUUAAAAGCA